GGUUUCUGCGGCGGCUGCUGCAGCUGCAACAGCUCCGGGCUCGGGGCUUUGGCGGCUGCGCCGGCGGGCUGUGCUGUGCUGUGCGGACCCCGGCGGUCGGUCCGAGUUGCUGGGGCGGCGCGUAAGAUGCCACUGAUGGAGGAGUUUCUGAGAAGCACCUCGGGGCCAGUGGCUUUGACCGGGAGCUCAAAGCAGAGACUAUUUAAAGCCUUGGAUAUCACCUCCUGAGGGCUGCAGGAGUGAAGAACAUGGCUGUGAGUUUAGAUGAUGACGUUCCCCUCAUCCUGACCUUGGAUGAGAGUGGCAGCGCCCCACUGGCUCCCUCCAACGGCCUGGGCCCAGAUGAUCUGCCCAGCAGAAAUGGAGGCAAAUAUACCGUCCACGACUCCCAGGCCCCCAUUCUGAGCUUAGAGGGCGAGAACUCCCCCUCCAGCCUCACCGGACAUGACUGGGAGAUGAAUUAUCAAGAGGCAGCAAUCUACCUCCAGGAAGGCGAGAAUAACGACAAGUUCUUCACCCACCCCAAGAACGCCAAAGCGCUGGCGGCCUACCUCUUCGCACACAACCACCUCUUCUACCUGAUGGAGCUGUCCGCGGCCUUGCUCCUGCUGCUGCUGUCCCUGUGCGAGGCUCCCGCCGUCCCCGCGCUCCGGCUGGGCAUUUACGUCCACGCAACCCUGGAGCUGUUCGCCCUGGUGGUGGUCGUGUUUGAACUCUGCAUGAAGUUGCGGUGGCUGGGCCUUCACACUUUCAUCCGGCACAAAAGGACCAUGGUCAAGACCUCCGUGCUGGUGGUGCAGUUCGUGGAGGCCAUCGUGGUGUUGGUACGGCAGACGUCACACGUGCGGGUGACCCGGGCGCUGCGCUGCAUCUUCCUGGUGGACUGUCGGUACUGUGGCGGCGUCCGGCGCAACCUGCGUCAGAUGUUUCAGUCCCUGCCACCCUUCAUGGACAUCCUCCUGCUUCUCCUCUUCUUCAUGAUCAUUUUCGCCAUCCUCGGUUUCUACUUAUUCUCCCCUAAUCCUUCAGACCCCUACUUCAGCACCCUGGAGAACAGCAUCGUCAGUCUGUUUGUCCUUCUGACCACCGCCAACUUCCCAGAUGUGAUGAUGCCCUCCUACUCCCGGAACCCCUGGUCCUGCGUCUUCUUCAUCGUGUACCUCUCCAUCGAGCUGUACUUUAUCAUGAACCUGCUCCUGGCCGUGGUAUUUGACACCUUCAAUGACAUUGAGAAACGCAAGUUCAAGUCUUUGCUGCUACACAAGCGAACCGCCAUCCAGCACGCCUACCGCCUGCUCGUUAGCCAGCGGAGGCCCGCCGGCAUCUCCUACAGGCACUUUGAAGGCCUGAUGCGCUUCUACAAGCCCCGGAUGAGUGCAGGGGAGCGCUAUCUCACGUUCAAGGCCCUGAAUCAGAGCAACACACCACUGCUCAGCCUGAAGGACUUUCAUGAUAUUUAUGAAGUUGCCGCCUUAAAGUGGAAGGCAAAGAGAAAUCGAGAACACUGGUUUGAUGAGCUUCCCAGAACAGCAUUCCUCAUCUUCAAAGGAAUUAAUAUCCUUGUGAAGUCCAAGGCCUUCCAGUAUUUCAUGUAUUUGGUGGUGGCAGUCAACGGGGUCUGGAUCCUUGUGGAGACCUUCAUGCUGAAAGGUGGGAACUUCGUCUCCAGGCACGUGCCGUGGAGUUACCUCGUCUUCCUGACUAUCUACGCGGUGGAGCUGUUCCUGAAAGUUGCCGGCCUGGGCCCUGUCGAGUACCUGUCCUCUGGAUGGAACCUGUUCGACUUCUCCGUCACAGCCUUUGCCUUCCUGGGACUGCUGGCUCUGGCCUUCAACAUGGAGCCCUUCUACUUCAUAGUGGUCCUGCGUCCCCUCCAGCUGCUGAGGUUGUUUAAGCUGAAGAAACGUUACCGCAACGUGCUGGACACCAUGUUUGAGCUGCUGCCCCGGAUGGCCAGCCUGGGCCUCACCCUGCUCAUCUUCUACUACUCCUUCGCCAUCGUGGGCAUGGAAUUCUUCUGUGGAAUCCUCUACACCAACUGCUGCAAUACAAGCACAGUGGCAGAUGCCUACCGCUGGCUGAACCACACCGUGGGCAACAGGACCAUCGUGGAGGAGGGCUACUACUAUCUCAAUAAUUUUGACAACAUCCUGAACAGCUUUGUGACCUUGUUCGAGCUCACGGUUGUCAACAACUGGUACAUCAUCAUGGAAGGUGUCACCUCCCAGACCUCGCACUGGAGCCGCCUCUACUUCAUGACCUUCUACAUCGUGACCAUGGUGGUGAUGACCAUCAUUGUGGCCUUCAUCCUCGAAGCCUUUGUCUUCCGAAUGAACUACAGCCGCAAGAACCAGGACUCGGAAGUGGACGGCGGCAUCACCCUGGAGAAGGAGCUCUCCAAAGACGAGCUGGUCGCAGUUCUGAAGCUCUACCGGGAGGCAGGGGGAGCCAACUCAGACAUUGCCCAGCUGCUCAAGAUCCUCUCCCAGAUGGAGAGAUACGAGCAAAAUACCUUGGUGUUUCUGGGACGGAGAUCAAGGACCAAAAGCGACCUGAGCCUAAAGAUGUACCAAGAGGAGAUUCAGGAGUGGUAUGAGGAACACGCCCGCAAGCAGGAGGAACAUCAGCGACAGCUCAGCAGCUGCGUGGUCCCUACCACCCAGCAGCCUCCAGGCAGCCGCCAGCGCUCCCAGACCAUCACCUAAGCCCAGCCUGCAAAAGCCAUCUCUUCUAUGCAAUAACACAAUAGUAUUAUUUUACUACAAUGUAUCAAAGUAAUGUAUGUGUAUAUAUGUAUAUGUUAUAUAUAUAUAUAUAUAUAUACACAUCCAUAUAUAUAUGCACAUAUUUAUAUACAGAAAGGAGAAAAAGGCCGACAAGAUGGGGUUUGGUUUAUAACCGCCUUACCCUAUUUAACCCUGGAAGUCGGCUGCUUCUUGGGGGCGGUCAGGCCACCAAGAGCGGCUCUUAACAUGGAAGGCUCCUGAAGGCCCCUUCACAAGAACACGUGAAUGGACCUGCUGAUCUCUGCAGGGCUGGCCUUCACAGUGGGCCCACGUGCCUGUCACACCGUCUUCCUGACGCUGUUCUCAGAAUCCUUCCCCACCCAGCAGCCUCCCCACUGACCUGCCCUACAGACCAGGGCUCCUGUGUCCUGCUUUGGGGACAAAACCACUUAGGAAGGAAAGAGCCCACAUCCUCGGGUUGGUAUUUCUCCAGAUGUGAUAAUGGAAUGGGUGUUCCCUUGGGAAACCAGUACCCAGCAAGCACCUACCGGAACCAGUGAUCCGGGGCUGUGGGUACUCCACGUGGUCAGAUCUAAGCCAGCGCCGGGCGGCCAGAGAUGCUGUAUCCUGGCUCCGUGAGCCUUCUCACCUACCAUAAGUUUCAACCCUUGUUGCUGAAAAUGCUUCUAAGAUGGCCCAUAGGAGGAGGAGAACAGGCUAGUGGCUACCACCCCAGAACAAGUCCUAAAGUGAAUGGGCUUUCUCCUUAAAUCCCUUUGCCUUGGAAUUGUCCUGUUCAAGCAAAAAGAUAUUUUGGUUAAUUCAGGAUUCUGCCAAAGACCGUAGCAGGUCCUUCACAUGUGUGCGUGCUGAGGAAAAGGGAACAAAAGGCAGAGGCUCACCUCAGGCCGUCCACGGCCGCCCACAUUGGUACCCUUGGCCGGCUCUGCCCUCACCUUGAGCGAGUCACUCCCCGUGGACUUGACUGAGGUGGGAGCGGGGACUCGGCUCGCUCCAAGGUUUCCCCAUCCUGGGAGCAGGUUCUGAUGGCCCCUCGGUUUCCCGGGGACCUUGGGCGAGUCCUGAGAUUGGAGUGCCGUCGGGGCGUGAAUGCACAGCAGGGCGGGGUUAGCAGUGGUGGCUCCUGGGCUGCACACCGGUGCAGGAGGCAGCAUGCAGGGAGGACAGGGUUGGGGGGGAGCCCCCGCUGGGCAUCCUGCUCCAACUGCAGCUCUCCAGCUGCCUCCGUGAGCUAGGAAGGCGGGGGCCAGAGCCUCUGCCCUCCCCGCAUUCUCCUUCCAGUGGGGCAGGAUCCGGCUCCCUACCCCACCUCCAUGGCCAAGUCUUGACUGCGGCCUCGGAGGGCUGAUCGCCAGAGCCAGCAUCCCAUAGCUCUGCCCCUCAUCAGGGGAGGAGUGGUGGUGGUUUGUUUUUUUUUUUUCUUUUAAGCACAGCCCUUUAGGGAAACAAACCAAUCACUGAGAACCACUGAGGUUCCCACCAGGAAUCAGGAGAAGGACAUUGUCCUCCUCAUCUCUGGGGAGCGACAGGCUGCUGCGGGCAGCUUGGCACCAGGCCCAGGCCUGGACCCCUUCCCCGCUCCAGAGAAGGAACUUUAUUUGCACAACCGGGUGCCUUUUAGCUUUUGUGUACUGAAAUGGGCAUUCUGGAAGCAGGAGGCAAGGGGCAGCCUUGAAAGGAAGGCAUGAGUCCUCCGAUCUCAGCAUCUGCCCUCAGAAGAGGGGUGCCAGGGAGGCUGAGCGCACUCCCCCACCCCCAGGGUGACGGCUGCUACCAGGAAGAGUGGGUUGAGUCCAGGCUUCCCACCCCUGUCCUGCGAAAGGCCCUGUUUUAAGUCAGGGACAGGACGGAGGCCAAGUGGCAACAGUGCUGAUGGCCCAGACUCCAGCCCCUGGUGGGCGCCCUCAUCACUGAGGCCAAGGACAGCUGCCCCGUGGGGUCACUGGGGGCCUCCUAGGGUGGACCUUCCAGCUCGCACACAGGCCAUCAAGCAGGGAGCGGGUGUCACCCAGGGCUGUGAGCUCACCCAGCUCGGACACCCUCUCACCUCAGCUCGGUGAUGCCGACGUGAGGCGUGCCGGCCUGCUCUGGGCCCCUUACCACCUAUCAGUCAGCAUCUGAUGGCCCUGUGCCCUGACCCAGCUUUGGUGGGGGACGCCAUCCGGCCCCUCCUCCUCGCUUCCCUCCCUUAACCCAGCCUUACUCCACACCAUGUGACAAUCAUUCUGUAUCGGUAGCGGGAACGAUGCUGUAAGGUUUUGUACGUCGGCGAUUUGUUACCUAGAAAACCCACCAUGUCUGCGGAUUUCCGGCAUAUUA